AUGGCUAUCCCAGUCGAGGUCGGGGUAGAGGGUUCCGCUGCCCAGACGUCGUGGGUUGAAACACCAAUGAUCUUUGGAUACCCACCUGACAUCGCUCUCCUGGCCAAGGCGACAUUCACCAAAAAAGUGAAUGAAGGAGAAGCAUCUGUCGGAAGUCCUCCUCCUUCGGGCCCACCGCCACCAGUGGCGCCACGUGCGCCGGAGGAGCUGCCCGAGGGGGAUUUGUUCAUGGUGGUACCAGGGCCAGCCCCUCCCCCUACACCGGCUUUGUGCCCCAGCGGGCACGCUGAUUUCAAACUGCGUUCCGAUUGUCCAUGA